AUGUCCACCACAACAACGGAGGCACCGCGCCUCGCGCUCAACCUGAACCAGGCACCCAAACUCCCCUCCAACUCCCAGCUUGAAUGGAUCCCCCUUCAUGACACGUACGGUGCCGAGUGCCGAGGGAUCGACUUUACUUCGCUUCCCCUUUCUGACAAUAUCAUCGACGAGAUCCAGGCGGGUAUCGCCAAGUACGGCGUGGUCGUCUUCCGCAACACGGGUCUGUCCGACCCUGACUUCGUAUCGAUUGGGGAGCGUCUGGGAGAGAUAGCGGACGCUGGGCAGAGUAGGCGAUUCCCCACGGCCAAGUUGGGCGACCCCAGUAACCUCUAUCUGGAUGGCAGCAUCGUCAAGCCAGGAGAGCUCAGGUGGUUCUUGGCAAAGGAGACGGGGCUGUUCCAUGUCGACGCCUCGUAUGAUGCUCGACGAGUUCGCUUGACCGGUCUCAUCGCCCACCAACUCCCUCCUAGAGGUACCGGCGGGGCCACCGAGUUCAGCGACACCCGCUCGGUCUACGCGGAUCUCGACGACGAGACCAAAGCCCUCAUCCAAGGCAAAGUCGGCGUUCACUCCCACUUUCACUCCCGGCGCGUCGCCGUGCCCACCUUCCCCACUUUCGCCGCGCUGGACCCUAAUGACUACCCCAUGUCCAGUCACCUUAUUGCCCAGACACACCGCGGCUCGGGCAGACCCGUCCUAUACAUCGCGUCUCACCUGCACCAUAUCGACGGGAUGCCCGAGCCGGAAUCAAGCGAGCUCAUCCUCAAGCUCAGGCGCAAGGUGGAGGAGGAGAAGUAUCUGCUCAAGGUGUACUACGAGCAGCCGGGAGAUGUAGUCAUCUGGGACAAUACGGCGACGAUGCACCGCGCCGGCAAAGGGGAGGGGGAAGGGUGGGCGGGGAAGUAUGUGAGGGACAUCAGGAAGUGGACGGUGUUUGACAACUCGCCGGAAGAGUGGGGGUUGAAUGACAAGAAGACGGAGAAGUUCUUGGCGGGGCCGGUGAUACAGGCGAAGCACGAUGAGAUCUACGGGCAGGACGGGAAGGUGUGGGACUUUGAUGAAGAUUAG